AUGGCGGUCACAAGAUAUAAAUUUACAGACAUCAUGAAAAUCACCAAUUCUUUUGAAGCGAAAUUGGGACAAGGUGGUUACUGUGUUGUAUGCAAAGAAAACUGCUCAAUGGUUGACCUGUUAGCUGUAAAAAUAUUGAAGACACCCAAAGGAAAUGAGGAAGAAUUUAUCAAUGAGGCUGCCAGCAUCGGUAGAACUUCUCACAUUAAUGUUGUUACCCUUCUUGGGUUUUGUUUGGAAGGCCGAAAGAAGGUUCUUGUAUACGAAUUUAUGUCUAAUGGGUCUCUUGACAAAUUCAUUCACAAGGAAAAUGAAACUAUACUUCCAUCAAAUUGCAAUCGGGCUGCUCAAGGGCUUAAAUACUUGCACGAGGGAUGCAGCACUCAAAUUGUACAUUUGAUAUAA